AUGGCUGCCCUCGCGACCGUUUCCUCUUCUGCUGUCACCAUCGCGGGGCUGACGUCUAUCAGAAGCGGUGCCGCCGUCAACCACAAUGUGUCGUCGCUUGCUCUCCGCUCCGUCUCCUUCUCUGGUCUCCGCAAGGAUGACUCUCUUUCCGCCGCCGCCGCGUCGUCGUCCUUAGCGCACGCCGCCAUCUCUGCCCUCAGCAGCAAGCGCAAUGCGCCCGCGCAGAAGCGCGCUGGAUCGGCGCGCGCAGCUGCGGCGGAGCCCGUGGUUGCCUCAGCGGCGUACGUUGCGCCGAAGAAAAUCCUCAUGAUGGGCGGCUCGCGCUUCAUCGGGCUGUACCUCGCGCGCGCGCUCGUUAAAGCGGGGCACGAGGUGACGCUCUUCACACGUGGCAAGGCGCCGGUGACGCAGCAGAUCCCGGGGGAGACGGACGCGGAGUUUGCGGAGUAUUCCGCCAAGGUGAAGCACAUCAAGGGCGACCGCAAGGACUUCGACGGCGUGCGCAGACUGCUGCGCGGGUCGGGCUUCCAAGUGGUGUAUGACAUCAACGGCCGCGAAGGCGCAGAGGUGGAACCCAUUCUCGACGCGCUGCCUCGCCUCGAACAGUACAUCUUCUGCUCGUCCGCAGGAGUUUACCUCAAGUCUGAUGUGCUUCCGCAUCGCGAGGAGGACGCGGUGGAUCCCAAGUCGCGCCACAAGGGCAAGCUCGACACGGAGGCGCUGCUGCAGGCGCGCGGCGCGCCGUGGACGUCGAUCCGCCCCGUGUACAUCUACGGGCCGCUCAACUACAACCCCGUGGAGGAGUGGUUCUUUCACCGCCUCAAGGCCGGCCGCCCCAUCCCCGUGCCCAGCUCCGGCAUGCAAGUCACGCAGCUGGGCCACGUUAAGGACCUGGCGAGGGCGUUCGAGCUGGUGCUCGCGAACCCCCUAGCCAUCGGCGAGGUGUUCAACAUCUCGGGCCCGCGCUACGUGACGUUUGACGGCAUCGCAAACGCGUGCGCGGAGGCCAUGGGCGCGCCCAAGCCCACGCUCGUGCACUACACCCCCAAGGACUUCGACUUCGGCAAGAAAAAAUCCUUCCCUCUGCGCGACCAGCACUUCUUUGCGAGUAAUGAUAAGGCGGAGGAUCUGCUCGGGUGGCGCCCGCAGUACGAUUUGGUCGACGGGCUCCGCGACUCGUACCAGCUGGAUUUCGGCCGCGGGACGUUCCGCAAGGCCGCGGAUUUCUCCGUGGAUGAUAUGAUUCUGGAGAAGCUGGGUGUGAGCUCUUCUUCGUCUUCCUCCUCCUCCGCAUCCUCAUACUCUUCCGCCUCGUCUGGUGCUUCUGCGAGCGGCAGCGUGGCCACCGGAGCGGGUGUGAGCUUGGCGCAGCUGCAGACGAUGCCUGUGCCCAUGCUCAAUGCACUGGCUCGCGCCCGAGGCAUUCACGCCACCUCCCGUCCCGACCUCAUCCGCCGCCUCGCCGCUGCUGGCGCAGGCGCAGGAGCAGGAGCGGGAGCGGGUGUGGGUGUUUCGGGAGGUGCCAGUGGUGGGAGUGGGUUGAGUGUGGCGGAGUUGGAGAGGAAGAGCAUCGGGGAGUUGAGGGCUCUGGCGCGGGCUAGGGGCGUGAGGGGGGAUACCAAGGCUGAGCUUGUCAAGCUGCUUAGCUCCGGUGCUGCUCCUGCUGCUGCAGCUGCUGCCAGCCCUGCUGCCUCGUGGAGUGCCCCAGCAGCACCGGCUGCCAGCAGCAGCAAUGGCGCGGGAGCGGGUGCUGCGCUCUCUGAGAAGCAGCUGCUGGCCAAGUCGAUGGGCGAGCUGCGUGCGCUGGCUGCACGCCAGGGCAUCCGCGGGGGCAACAAGGCUGAGCUUGUCAAGGCGCUUGUUGCCGCUAACAAGUAG